AUGAGAAGAGCUCUCUCAGUGACGUGGGGUGUGGCUGAGGAUGACUACAGGAACAUCAUGGGCAAAGUCAGAGAGACACCCUGGAGCCUGACCCAAGACCCCAAGGAUGAGAAGAGCUCUCUCAGUGACGUGGGGCAGCCACGUGAUGUCACUCGCUCGUCCCCAUUCCAGGUGGUCCUGCUGGACUCAAAGAAGAAGCUGGCCUGCGGAGCAGUGCUCAUCCACACAUCCUGGGUGCUGACGGCGGCCCACUGCAUGGAGGACUCCAGGAAGCUCAUCGUCAGGCUUGGGGAGUAUGACCUGCGGCGCAUAGAUAAUUUGGAGAUGGAGGUGGACAUCAAGGAGGUCCUCAUCCACCCCAACUACAGCAAAAGUACCACCGACAAUGACAUCGCGCUGCUUCAGCUGGCCCAGCCCGCCACACUCUCAGACACCAUCGUGCCCGUCUGCCUCCCGGACAGUGGCCUUGCAGAGCGCGAGCUCACUCAGGCUGGCCAGGAAAUGUUGGUGACGGGCUGGGGCUAUCACAGCAGCCGAGAGAAAGACACCAAGAGGAACCGCACCUCCAUCCUCAGGUUCAUCAAGAUUCCCUUGGUGCCGCGCAAUGAGUGCAGCAAGGUCAUGAACAACGUGAUCUCUGAGAACAUGCUAUGUGCGGGCAUCCUCGGGGACCGGCGGGAUGCCUGUGAGGGUGACAGUGGGGGGCCCAUGGUCACUUCCUUCCAUGGCACCUGGUUCCUGGUGGGCUUGGUGAGCUGGGGUGAGGGCUGUGGGCUCCUUCACAACUACGGUGUUUACACCAAAGUCAGCCGCUACCUUGACUGGAUCCACGGCCACAUCAGAGAUAAGGAAGCCUCGCUCAAGAGCCAGGCGCCUUAGCAUCCCCCCUUUGGGGCUGGGCUGUUGAAUGGCAAUAUAUGGGACAUUAAAGGGGCAUGCAACAAGCACACCAGCCUGCUGUUCUGUCUGUCCUUCCAUCUGUUUUCUGGGUGUUCUAGAAAGAAGUAACAUUUAUUGGGCAUGUAUGUCA